UUGGACCUCGUCCGCCCCCAGAGGGUGCUCCAGAAAGUCGCCAUCCCACUUCCCCAGCCGGCAGUAUUUUCCGCGUCGGCCGAACAGCUUAACGAAUGCAACCUUGACGACCGCAUCGACCGCUUCCCUUUGCUGUUGGCCGUUGACCGUGGACCGUAUCUCUGCUCCCAAGCAGCUUUCUCAUCGCGCACGGUCAUCCGACGCAUCCUUUCUGAGCAGCUCAAGCAGAGCGACAAGAGGAGAUCCACCAUGUCGACCUACCUUGAGGAGCUCGCGGUGCGCUUCGUAGAGCGCGAUGGCCUCUCGCUAGAGGACCAGCAGAAGAUCGCUGGUGAUGCAGCCGAUUUUCUCACCCUGGUCAAGUCAAUACAUCGCUGGAUUGCCUCCGGAGACGGCGAUCAGCCCUUAGAAUUUGCAGAGAGGAACAGAGAGAAGAAUGCGAGAGGUCUGAAAUACUUGGCCAUGACAUUGACUGCCCUGCCCAGGGACUUCUUACAGUCAACCCACAUCAAAAUGCUCUCGAACUUCUUUAGCUCCAUAUUCCAACAGCAGGACCCGGCUGGUCUUUCAGCCGCGACGGAUGCUUUGCUUGUCCUCAUUACAAUGAGCAACUUUCCACCCUCGUCUGCGGACGAUAUUCUGGCAAAUAUCGGAAAGAUGGACCCCGAGAAUUACACGAAACAGCUCGCGAAGACCCGACUGCAGGUUCUUCAAAUCAUCAAAAGCCUGCUUCUCAACGACAAGAGCGCGCGGGUUCUCCAGAAACGUUAUGAAGGUAGCGCCUUCUUGUUGCCCAUUUUGUCGCUCGCCAAAAGGGAGAGGGAUCCGGUCAAUCUGUUAGAUUGGUUCCAGACAUUAGAGACAGUUUUGAAGAACAACAAAAUUUCCGCGGAAGUCUCGCUCGCCGCGUUCGAGUCAUUCUCACCAUUCUUCCCCAUUUCCAUCCGCAAGUCCACUGUUGGUGGAACCGAAGUCACAGAAGACGAGCUGAAAGACGCCCUGAGAUCUUGUUUUGCGGCAAAUGGGCUUUUGGCACAACAUACGUUUUCGUUCUUGUUGGAAAAGCUCGAUGACGGCGGGAGUCUGACUGCAUCGGCCAAGCUCGAUAUCCUACGGACUAUCAAAGCCUGCGUGGUUGGCUACGAGCCCGUGGACACCAGUCUCAUCCCUUAUGUUACGAAAAUGUGGUCUUCUCUCAAAUACGAGGUCCGAAACGGAGAGGUACCGGAGGCAAUCCAAGAGACACUGUCUAUUUUUGAAGCUCUGCCGUGCCGGCUCGCCAAGUCCGAGAGUGCUGAAGAAGCCCUGACGGAAUUCCUGUCGCAGACCUGGAAAGACACUGCUGAAGACCUGGAGAAUCCGACGUACACUGAGCAAGCUGGUUCCAUUCUGAUUAGUAUCGCAGGUGGCAGUGUUCUCGCAUUUUGCCGCACAAAUCCUCGUCUCCUUGAAGCUGUGAGGCAGAAUAUCAGCCAGCCGAAGUCACCAGCUCAUACCAAGAAUCUCCUUGUGCUCCUCAACAAUCUCGUUCGCACUCAUCGGCACCUGACGGCCAAGAUAACCGAGUGGUCCGAGGAUGAUAAACAGACUUUCCGUACCGACGGUUUUGAGAUCCCGGCAACGGUGAUCAACGACAUUUAUUUCAAGCUUUUCCGAGAAAACACUGUCGAUAGUCCCAGCAAAGAUCAAGCGGAAAUCGCCAAGGAAGCAAUCAAAGGCCUCUCGCUGGUAGUCGAAGUGCGGCAAGUUAAGUCGAACUGGACGACGACCGCAGCGUACGAGCAAGACACGUUGAAGGAGAUCUGCGCAGCGCUGUCUUACCGCGCUACGAAUUCUUUCAACGUCCCGCCUACAGCCUCGGCCGAGCUGCAUGAUAUUGACGUGGCCGCUGUUGUGGCCCUUAAAACUGCAGUCAAGGCCUUUCCUGAGGGUUAUGCCAAGGCCCUUUCCAACCUCGUGAGCGAGGUUGAGAAGAGAAACUGGAAAGACACGUCGGCAGAGCGAACUUUCGACGAUUUACAUGGAGUGUGUCAGCGAGUGGCUUUCAUUGGCUGCGCUGACGUACCGGACGUCAAGAACCCAAUCGUCAACUUUGCAUCGUUCGCAGGCACGAUGCUUAACAUUUUGAGUGUGCUGUUCAAUGCCGAGGCGAACAUUAAGUUCUGUGCCGUCGUUGCUGAUGCCCUCGCCACGGGCAUGGCGUACUUUAUCAAGGCGAUUGAGGAAAAUGGUCUGAAGCAGACUGACGAGAGUGUGGAUUCUUGGGAGCUCACCAACCUCGAGCAGAUGGUCCAUGCUGAAAUACCGGACUUCCCGAAGCUGCGCUCCAAACAAGUCAAUCUUUAUGACCCCAUACCGUCAACACAGUCCAUCAGGGCUGCUAAACAUUCUACCUUCUCGAGCUUCCUCCUCGUGGGUGUCUAUGUCGUGUCUGAGCUCUAUCAGCACGCCACCGCGGUGACGAUGUCCGCAGACAACAACAUACCAAUACUCCUUCUCAGCGACGCACUUCGUUCAGCUGACAACAUUGAUGAAGAUACUCCGCGUGGAAGUGACCGCCUUGCCGCAUAUGUUGGUGAGUUGGGACGGGCUGCUUGCCUGGUUCUCCGAGAGCUCAGCUCUGCUGCGCAGAUAUCACUGGACCUGGACAAUAGAAUUGCCGGUUGCUUCAAUAAUGGACUGCGCUGGUCGAGCUCCACAACACCUUUGGCAUUACACGGCGAUGCGGAAAUUUAUGUACUGUGUUGCGGUAUCGCUCGAGCGAUGCACCCCUCGACCGUGACAAUGUUGACAGAGUUUAAUUUCAACAACCUUCUUAUUUCCAAUCUUGAUCUUCGUACAGAAACCAGCUCCCGGACAGAGGCCAUUCAGGAUUACAUUGCCUUCCUACUUGCCAACAAGUUUCAUCGUCGAGCUGACGAACCAGGCCGCGAUACACAAGUGCCAAACCAGGUCACCUGGUCUAUGGCGCUUCAGAGAAUCGAAGAGGGCCUCAAGAACCCUGAAUUCCUUGAAUUGAGAGAGGUCUGUCGCUUCGCAGCCAUCCUAGCGGGAGCCUUCGCCCGACGGGACCGUCCCGCCGCCGCACUCGCCUCGACUGUGAGCCACGCAGCAGCCAAGGGCGGCGCGGAGACGGGGCCGUAUAUCGCGCGCAUCCUGUCACAGCUCUUCUCGUCCUCGAAGAAGGGUCUCCUCGAUCCUGCCAAUCACACGAUCCAAAGGCCGCUGUACCUGCAGUGGACCUACCAGCAGUGCGUCCAGCCGAUCCUGGGGCUCGCGUACCCGUUGUCCCGUGAAGACACUAGCGUCGUGUACUCGAUAUAUGUCCUCCACGCCGUCAAGCACCUGAGCCUGGGACACUACGCCGACGACGCGCCGAACGUCGUCCGUAUCGUCCUCGCUGCCAUGCAGAAGGCCACCAACAGCUACGACAUCGAGGCUGCAUGCGGCAUCGCCCUCCAGGUCCUCUCCGGCGACCCCGCCCUAUUCCGCUCGCACGUCGCGUCGCUCGUCAAGGCGGCUAAGAAUGUCUACGGCCGUGCCUUGCCUGUCCCGGUUAUAUAUGACUUGGCGCCGGUCACGGCGCAGGAUGAGGGUGAGUGGCCUGCUGAGAAGAAGGAGUUCGCGCAGCGUGGCCGAUUCAAGUACGCGGGCGACAGAGAGAAGAUCCGUAGGAUGGCGUUGAGGACCCUCGAGGUGCUCCCGGCGCAGCUUGACGAGAACGACCUGCGGGCGUAUGCAGAUGAGGUGCGGGUGCACUUGUCUGUCGCGCUGGGUGAUAGAGUGAGGGAUGUCCGUCGCGCGUCUGAGGCUGCGCAGUCCGCUUGGGCUAAGAUUUCAACUUGA